AUGGCUGCUGUUGGAGACUUGGAUGUCAUUGAUGAUCAGGAGGGUAAGGAAGAGAAGCCACUUCUGGUUCGAAUGACUCUUGAGGAUUUCAUCUGCAUCGCUGUUCUAGGGUGUGGGAGUUUUGGGAAGGUGCUCCUUGCAGAAUACAAGAAGACUCAGAAAUUAUUUGCCAUCAAGGCUAUAAAGAAGAGAGAGCUUGUGACAAACGACAAUGUGAACCGACUGUUGUGUGAGCAGAGGAUCUUGGAGCUUGUGACCAGGGCCCGCCAUCCCUUCCUCAACCACAUGUUCGCCUGUUUCCAGACCGAGCUGCACACCUGCUUUUUACUGGAGUAUGCAGCUGGAGGCGACCUGUUGACCCAUUCAGAGAAUGGGUCAAUGUCUGAACCUCGCACCCUAUUUUAUUCAGCUUGUGCUGUCCUUGGAAUAGAGUUUCUGCACUCGCAGAACAUAGCACACAGAGAUAUCAAACUUUCUAACAUGCUGUUGGAUGCUGAGGGGUACCUGAAAAUUGCCGACUUUGGACAUUGCAAAGAAAAUAUGGGAUUCAGAAACUAUGCCGACUCCAUGACUGGUACCGUGGAAUACCUCGCCCCAGAGAUGUUCACAGAUAAGAUAUACACACGGGCAGUGGACUGGUGGGCUCUGGGUGUGUGCAUAUACGAGAUGCUGGUUGGGAAGACGCCAUUCGGUACCGACGAUGACAGGAGAACACGCUACAUGAUAAUCACUGCACGUGUCGUCUUCCCAAAGUUCCUCUCCAAAGAAGCAGUCCAGAUUAUCCAACAGCUGACAUUUAAGGAGCCACGGACUCGCCUCGGCUCUGGGGCGAGGGGCGAGGAGGCUGUGAAAAAUCAGUGCUUCUUCAGAGACAUAUCCUGGGAAGACUUGCUGGCCAGAAGGAUCAGGCCACCCUGGGUGCCCACCAUUAUGGGCCGCACGGAUGUCAGUAACUUUGACCCCCAUUUCACUGUGGCCUCCCCUAAUUUGACGCCACCCGUGGACCCCACGACCCUGACUGAAGAGGAGCAGCUGUUGUUUGAGAGCUUCGAUGUUCCGUUCUUUGCGCUCAGAGAGAGCGAUGUGUCCGGUACAGUGAGUGUAGUGUCUGGGUGA